CGGUAAGAUGGAGGCCACUGAGGAUCGGAAGAUUAAACAGAAUGAACCCGUUGGCCCAAUUACUCCAAGACAUGAAGCAGAUACUAUUCAACAAAUAGGGAAUCCAUGGAGUACUGGACUAUUUGACUGCCAUGAGAAUCAGACAAAUGCUAUUAUGACAGCAUUUUUUCCGUGUGUAACAUUUGGACAGAUUGCAGAAGUCUUGGAUGGUGGAGAAAUGAGUUGUCAUCUGGGGAGCUUCAUUUACCUACUAAUGAUGCCUGCUUUGUGCUCUCAAUGGAUUAUGGGAUCAAAGUACAGAACAAAGUUAAGAAAGAGGUAUGAUUUGGUGGAAGCUCCAUAUACAGAUGUAAUCUCUCACAUCUUUUGUCCAUGUUGUUCCCUCUGUCAAGAAUUCAGGGAGCUUAAAAUUAGAGGACUUGACCCUGCUCUUGGAUGGAAUGGCAUUCUUGCACAACAGCACGCAGGACAGCAAAGUGAUCAAACAUUGAAGAAUCCUCCUUCAAGCCAAGUCAUGACCAAGUGA